AGUAUUUAAGUCCUUUUUUUCUUUUUUCAGAAUUGGUAACUGCUAAGUUGGAAAAUUGCUAUUUGAAAAUUCACUGUCCUUCACUUGAUGCAGGCUGCUGGUCCUUUGCCAAACUGGGUUGUUGAGCAAAUUCCACUUGGAGAAUUAGUUGGCUCCUGUCAAGGCCUGAUUCUCCCUGCCCCAAGGCCUGGACUUGACCUUCUGACUCAGGACAAGCUGACAUGCGUGCCUGUGUUCAAGGGCUGCUCCACUGGGGCCCAGCAUGGGCCAGGCCUUUUCCAAGAUGGGCUGGUUUCCACCUGAGUCAUCCUCAACUGCAUCCAGGCUGGCAGUGUUGUUCCUUGUAGGAGUCACCUGAACCCAAUCCCUCAGAGAGGAACCCAGCUCUGGCUAGAAGGGUCUUGGACUGGAAAAGAGUCCAUCAUCAGGCAGCCAAGGGCUGGGCUGAGAGGACAGGUGCUGGAGCUGGAGGGCCAAGUGGACCAGGACCUGGGACAGAGCACCAAUGUCUGGGGCCCAAGUCUGGUCUUGGGCAGCUUGGUGUCUCAAGGUCUCUUGUUUUUUCCCGGUUGGACAUUUGGGAUUCAUGUUUGGACCCAGCCUUGCCUGGAGAUCUGGGGCCAUGGUGUAUUGUUCCUGGAGCCAGGGUGCUCACAGCAGGGCAAUGCAUUAAAGAGGAACAGAGUCUUGUGGGGCGGGAAAUGAUGUGGUAAGGGCAGCAACAGCCUGACAGCAAGGGAAAAGCAUAGCUAGAGGCUGUGGUGGGCUGAGCUCUAGUCUGGCACUGGGGCCAGAGACCUGUUGAGUGGCCAAGUCCUGACAAGGGCCUGUUGAGGGGCUGGUGAUCUCUUGAGGCGAGGGGGACUGUGAAGAGUAUCCCAGGGUGGGGGCUGGUGAGAAAGGGCCCUGUGUGGGCUGGAAGACACACACAACCUCAGGGGAAACAGAGAAGGGGCUUUGAUGAGUGCAGGGAACGUCCCUGUGUAUCUGUCAGCCUAAUUCCUACUAGCCAUGUCCCAGAAGCCCCCCCACCCUCGACAACAUUUCCCUGGCAUCCUGAGCAGAAUAUUCUGGUAUUUGGCUACAACAAGAAGGCCUGUGGUCAGGUAAACACUAGUUAGGUGCUGCCACACCCUCGUGGGCAGCUCUGAAGGGUGAGAGAGCCUGCAUGGGGGAGGUGGCCUUGGGCUCCUCCCUCAGGCCUGACUGCAUGAACAAGGACUUGGAGAACUUUCCCUUGAUGAUUCCUGCCCAUUGGGGUCACAUCCCCCAGCCCUCUGGCUCCAAGGCAGCCUCAUAUCCCCAUCUACUCUUUGGCCUACACACUAGUUGGUCAGGGCUCAUUGUCAAGUGGCCUCUCCAUGUCACAUCAGUGAUGAGGAGGAAGGAACAGAAGUUUACCAGGAGCUUAUGUGCAUGAGUCCCACCAAUGAUCAAUGACACAGCCAGGAAGGCAUGGCUGUCCUUAUUUUACAGAUGAGGAAACUGAGGCUCAGGUUGGUGACUAAGAAAAGUAGUAUGUGGCAUGGGGCUUAAGGUAGCUCUCUCCAUUCUGAGUAACUAGGGAGGCAGCCUGGCUCCCUAAGCAUGUGAUGUGUCAGGGGCCAGUAGAACAGCUUUCUGAGAAUUCUUGCUAAGGCCAGAAGCACCUCCCCAGGUGAUGGUGGUUCUCUACUCCUCCAGGACCUCUUGACCUCCUGUCUAUCCCCACUGCUGACCUCAUAGGGCCUCCCCAAGGUGCAGAGAGGGCCGGGUUCCCUCACGUGCUGGCUGCCCCAGACAGGGCGCUAGGGUGGCCCCACCCAGCCUCUUCCUUCUGCCACCGCCUGCACUGACUCACUGCCUGACCUACUACUUGGCUGGGGUGAGGGUUGGUGCCCUAAAGCCCAGCCAGGCAUCAGAGGCAUCUAUAAAAGCACACUGGUCCAGGCCCCAGCAUCCUGCUCGGUCACCAUCUGUCGCUGCACGAUGCUAGGAGGACUGGGCAAGCUUGCCGCUGAGGGCCUGGCCCACCGCACUGAGAAGGCCACUGGGGAGGCUGUUCAUGCUGUGGAGGGAGUGGUAAAGGAGGUGGUGGAGCACGCCAAGGAGGCUGGAGAGAAAGCCAUUGCCGAAGCCUUCAAGAAGGCUCAGGAGACAGGCGACAAAGUGGUAAAGGAAGUCACUGAGUCAGUGACCCACACCGUCACAAAUGCUGUCACCCACGCAGCGGAAGGCCUGGGUAAACUGGGACAGUGAGCACGCCUGCCACUGACUUGACUUCCUGAAUCUCAAUAAAAUCUGUGAAAUGUGUACACUGAUCCCUGGAUUUAUUCCUGGUCAAAUAGUAGCACUAUUUAUUCCUGUCACCUGCUGUCACACAUUGACACCCAAUGGGGAUCAGAUAGGUCCCUUGAGUAAUCAAUGUGCUGCUCUCACAUGAUGUCUCAUGUCACCAAGGACCUUUUGAAAAAUUGUUAGGGUCUGUGCUACAUUUCUUUUUUUUUUAAAGAUUUUAUUGGGGAGUUGGGGGA